GUUCUUUCUCAUCUCAGCAUUUUUACAUACAUCAACCAAGCAAGGUCUUCUCAACAUCACCAGAUUCUUGUUCUAUAUCCAAUAUGCCCACGUCUCAGAAGGAGUCGAAAUCAAGCCUCAACAGGGGUUCAGUCAAAUCGGCUGUCGACGCUCCUUCAGGUACCCAACGCAUAACUUCAUCUGCAUAUAGUCAAUCCGGUGGCAUGAAAACCCAUACCCAUCUCCACGCAGUGUCUAUCAAGGUGCAGAAAGCUGGAACUACUACGCCGUCGUCUAUGAGUCACUCUCAGAACUCAGCCAGGCUCACAAAAGCAGCGAGUAGCUCAAGGAUCCCAGUCUCAGAGACCAUAAAUGUUGUUGCCUCCGAGCCCCCUGUUCGCUCAAUAUCCUUCAGACCAGCAGAGACUUCCAUCAGUGGUAGGGAGAUAAGUGACAAGCAGGCAGAUGAGAUGUGCAGGGAACUUUGUCUUAGAGUGUGGAAGACGGAUUUAGGGAAGAUGUGGGAUAGUGCUCGUGCUGCUGAUAAGAAGGGUAAUGUGGAUGACCAGCUAUACGGACAAUCGUUGGACUUCUUCUACUGUUUCUUACCUAUGGUCAUCAAAGCGCCUGCCACUGAUCCAGUCACCGUAAGUAAACAAGGACUGGAGAACUACAACGUCUUGUUCAAUAGAUUUGGGGAUGGGGGGACCUGGGGCCAAGGACAAUCUGGAAAGAAUUUUCCUCAUAUGUGGUUUUCGGGACCAGGCAGUGAGGGUUUCUAGAGAAAUUGGCAAUGCACUGGAAGAGGGGAAAGCCUAAGAAUAUGUUUGAGAAGUCUGAGAGAUAGGGUAGGCUAGCGGCGUUUGA